AUGAGUUAUCGUGAUGUUGAAGAUACCAACUUGUAUGGUAGCAGUGCUGUAGUGUUUGUCCUCUCCCUUUACGUCACUUGGAAAGUUUUCACUCUGAGGAAUCUUCAUGGAAAAUCAAGAUACUCGGAUGCAUUAGAGGAAUUUGAAACGGAAAGCAUAGAUGUCAGUGGCUUUCAAGUUCUUCCUUCACAGGUAGAAUCUGUAAGACUUAUCUUUAAAAGACAUCCGGACAUUGCAGUAGAGUUCCGUGCAAAGAACCAACAUCUGAGGAACGCAUGCAUGGAUUUCCUGCUCAGCUUAAUCGAGACGUUGUGCGUGUCACUUCAGAAGCUCUCCAAUGAAGAUCUCGUGGAAGCAGACAUCGCAUUGACAUAUUUGAAAGACGCUGGUUUUAAGGUGGAUUGGUUGGAGAAAAAGCUGGACGUAGUUAAAGACAAGAAGGAGAAAGAGCAGUCCAGUUUGGCUCGGCUACAAGAAAUGGAGGAUAGUUUACUGAAAUUGAAGCAGCAAUGUUCAGACCUGGAUGCUCUAGUGGAGAAGGAAGAGGAAGAGUUGUCGGACACAAGAACUAUGUCAUUCGAUGAUGUUGUUUGAUUAGUUGAGUUCUUAGACAUUUUUUUGUGUUUGUUGUCACAUUUUCUCCCUUGGUUUCAAAACAAGAUGUUCUCUUGUUAGGUAAUUAAACUUGGUGUCAUUUCGUGAAAAUGUU